UAUUUUCUUCUUUGAAGAGGGUGGGAGGCUUUUUUUGUGAGUUGUACAUAGAUUUAAGCAGCCAAAUAGGGGUGAAAACAUUGAUCUGCUCCAAGCGCGACUGUUUUGGUAGAUCGGCAUCGGAUGGAGAAGAAAAGCGGCGCGGCGUUCUUGAGCUCCGCCGUAACGAUGCCUGGUAUCUUCUUUUUCUUACUCUUUGGCCUCCAAUUCAUCUCUAAGAUGCCUGGAGCGGGAGCCGUUUGGAUAACCUUGCCGGCGAGCGGUACGAAGUGUGUUUCGGAGGAGAUCCAGCCGAACGUCGUCGUUCUGGCCGAUUACUCUGUGGCUCCAGAGGACUCUGGCCAUGCUCAAGCCACCAUCUCGGCCAAGGUGACUUCUCCUUAUGGAAACUCGCUUCAUCAUCAGCAGAAGACCACAAGUGGCCAGUUUGCAUUCACAACAUCCGAAGCUGGCAACUACCUCGCAUGUUUUUGGAUUGACAGCAGCGAUAAAGGCGUGGGUGCUAAUGUUAUCCUCGAUUGGAAGAUCGGUAUUGCAGCAAAGGAUUGGGAUUCCGUCGCUAAGAUAGAGAAGAUCGAGGGGGUUGAGCUUGAGCUCAGGAAACUGGAAGCGCAGGUUCAGGCAAUCCAUCAGAAUUUACUCUACCUCAAGUCCAGGGAGGCGGAUAUGAGGGAAGUGAGCGAGACGACAAACUCGAGAGUUGCAUGGUUCAGCAUCAUGUCGCUUGGUGUCUGUAUUGUGGUAUCUGUCUUGCAGUUGUGGCAUCUCAAGAGGUUCUUCCAGAAGAAGAAGCUGAUUUAGACUUGACCUUAAAGCAUGUAGGAUGAGCAAAAGUUACGAAAAAAAAUGGUUUUUCCUUUUUUUUUUGUUCGGAGGAAUUAUUCAGAUUUUACUCUACUUUUUCAAGCAAUUUUUUUAGUUUUUUUUUUUUUUAUUAUUGGUUCUGGAUUGAGGAUGCUGAACAU